AUGCACAGGAAGAAAGAGAGAGAAGGAGGAGGAGGAGAAGUAUCGAAAGAGGACCAAAUCUACAGUUAGCGUGGUCUACGACCGCACUCGAUAGCAACACACUUCGUUGAGGUACAGCUAUAUUUUUUAUUAACCUUGUGAAUCUGUUAAUGACAUUAGUUUCCUAGAUUUAAACUUUUUGCAAUUAAUUCAAACCACCUAUUUUUAAGUUCGUUUCUAAAAAAAAGUUUUCUCAGUAGUCCGAAGUCGAUAGAUUCAAAAUCAAACGAUUGACCUUUUUUGAACAGGAUCAAUUCGAAUUCUCGAAUAACAAUUCUUGAUUACGAUUUUCUUCAACUCAGCUAGAGAACAGAUGUAUGGACAAUUAUUCAAAAACUACUGAUAAUCUCCUCUCGUCUCAGUUAUUUUAAAGCACUUGGCUUGAAAGUGAUUGCGAUAAACACUUUUAAUCACGUAAUUGUUGCAGUUCCGAAUGUGUACUCCAAGAAGCGGUCUAAUAAGCUAUCAUUCAAUAAAAAUAUCAUUAGCAAAAGUGUAUGAUUGCAUCAUUAAAAUUAGCAUGAAAAAGACCUCAAGUGGGCCUUUUGCGUUCUCCCUUAACCUGUUUAGACUGUUUAACGGCCAAUAAAUGAAGAAACUUGUGUGCAGAAAAUCGCCUAGUUUAUACACAUCAAAAGAUAGUUCAAAAGAGUCUUUUAGCUACUAUUUUUUUCCGGAUACUAGACUCAAGAAAUGGACACGUACGUUGUGACAGCGUCACUGAUGUGUAACCGCAAUGUAUCUACACGUAUGAAUGAGUGAAUGAACCUUAAUAAUUUUGAGUGUCUGAAUACUAUAUUUAGCUGUUAAACUGAUUGGUGACAUUAAAAUAAAAGUCAAAAUUGAAAAUAGAAAUAGUGCUAUAAAUUAUGCUGAGAUAAAUUUUAAAAUUUGCCAUCCUCAAAGAAGUAAACAGUAUUAAGCUAGGAUAGGUCUAGGUUUCGCACGACAUCCGCAUAAACUUGACUGAGUUAUCAUGAGGAAAUCAAACCAAAUUAAGAAAUAAAAAACAAGGAAAGUGUUUAAAGGGCCCCUCGUGCUCAUCAUCCAUAAAAUUCUCAGGCGCUUAACAUAAAAUCUACUACAUUGAUAACCAUCGAGAAAAACUCCAUAAGCUUUAAUGCGUGCGUGAUUAUGACGAUCAGAAAACCUCACAAGGUUAUCAUAUAAUUACGUGAUAAUUCUUCCCAUUAGGGUCUCUAAUUAUGCCUCUAACCAGUCCUAUAAAAACCCAUCAGAAAUCCAUGCCAAUACACGAAGCGUUCUUCAAGAGCGGGAAAAACGUGAUCCGACAAUUUAUGAUGCUCUGAUUGGCUGAGUAACUGGCGCCAGAUUUUUAGCUAAUCAUGCUCAUCGGUGCGAAUUUAGACCUCAACUGUCGUGAAAUCACUGCUCUAAUGAACUCGAUCAGUAGGCAGCAAAUGAUUUUUGUCUUAACUUGUUACUGAUAAUUGUUGGCAUAGACCAACCUAACCAUCAUAACACUUUCUCUGGUUCUCCUCUCUUCAAAAAGUCUAUGCACGUACGAUCGUCAAUUUGGAGUCUUGUAUCAAUGUAAGAAGUUCAACUAAAGUAUAGAUCUUCUCCGGGCUCAACACUUACAAUCACCUUGGUUUUAGUGGCAGGGGUCGAGACAAGAGUAAACGUAUUCGAGGAGACAAAAAAAAUUACACAAUGUAGGAGGGUGGCCUUAGCUUUCCACGGUAGACCUUGGACCGGCUACGGCUGUAUAAACUGACAAUUCUAAAUCAGCCAUGAUCCAAGGAAUUUGGGUUAAAUCGGCACAAUUUGGAAACAAAUAGUUCACUUGACAAAUAUCAUAGCUUAACUAUUAAAGCAACUAAAAAACAUCGUUAGUGGUUGGUGUUUUGGAAGUUAGGAUCAGGGGCACCCAGCGAUAAUUUUCGGAAAAAUAUCUGUUCGGAAGACGAUUUGAGAUCUAGAAUUUUUGGAACAUUUGUUGUAAAAUUUCUUGCUUGCCUACCUCUCCUAGGAUUUUCGAACAUCUAAAAAAAGGUAAAAAUGCCCAUUUUCAACGGAUUUUUACGGAUUUUUCCAGUGGAUCUUAAAAGCCCUCGGAAAAAAGACCGACUUUAAAAGCUUGUCCAUUCAAAACUAGGGAUUUUAAAAGCCUAGUGAUCUGUAAGUCGAUCCUUUAGGCUUGUCUACUUUUUAAAUUAGGGGAUAAAAAUAUGCCCAAAUCCACCGUUUAAAUACUAAAACAAGUUUAACAAUGCUAUGUGUAAGUGGUUUUGAACUAUAUUCUCGUUGGGGGCCCCUGUUAGGAUGUUCGCCGGUAAAAUACUGUCAAAACCUCUCACCUACCCGGCGUACCGUGUGGCACGGGAUUUUUGCGGGUUCUAAUUUUGCGAUAUUUCUAGCGAUCCGCAAAAACAAGUUCCCGCAAAUAAAAAUUACCGGAAAAAUUUACUCCAGAGAAAAUAUUCUCUAGCUUAAAUUCACCACACAAAAAUACAGUACCGAGAAUGUCUGUUCACUUAGUCUCUUUCUUUCAGAAACAAAGCGGUAUACAAUGAAAUACUGACGCACACCGUCAUUUUGUUUGAAAAUAUGUAUUUCUAUUGCACGUACUCAAUAAAAACGAAAAUAUUAUUAAUGCUUGGUACUGGGUACUUUAUGAAAAUCGCAAAAAUUAAAUCCCGGCAAGAAAAACCAAUCUGUCCCAAUCGCAAAAAUUAGUUCCCCAAAACACAAAAAAUCGCCAAUCUGCAAAAAUAAACUCCGGCAAAAAUUUCUUUCCAGACGGUAGCCUAUGUCCAAUAUACCGUCGUUCUGAAUGAUUCUAGCAGAGUUGUACCGUAUUCUCAUGCAUUGAAUGGUUUGAAUUUGCUUGCGAUUUUCACUGGAAGUUAAGAAUGGCGGGUGAGCUGUGCAACAGAAUCAGAUCGCAAGCUUGUGUUGCCUUUCUUGGGAAUGUAACAGUAAUGGGGAAUAUGUAGGAUUGCGCCUUUUUUAGUUUACAUCGGUUUCUAGGUGAUGAAAAAGUCUUAUCGGUUUUAAACAGGUUGGAGGCGAGCGGAACCCAUUGAUAGGUACCCGAGUGAUAACGCACGAUGGACGCCUCUUUUCCGUGACUUGGGCUACACUCGAUUGUUGUAAAAUUCAAUGAAAACGUCAUGACUAGAAAGUGCAAAAAAUUUAAUGCAAAACACAUGUUAGAAGAUCACUAAAAGUUCCUGUUUUCUUAGGCAGUUAACAUCAAAGAGUUUCGAAACCAAAGCUGAUACUACUUUGCUCUUCUUCUGUUUCGAUGAAAGUAAAACUUUUUUAAAAAAGAAAACAAUAUCAAUGGAAGCUGCAGACCGUUGAUAAGUAAAAUUAAAACCCACAACGCUGAUAUGAUCCGUGUGCUAAGAGCACGACACGGAAUGACUAGUCAGGGUAUAUGCCGGGUAUAAACCACUCUUUCUUUCCGUGAGUACCACCUCACUGGCUCCAGACACUAUACAGGGUCAUUGUUUCGGCUACAGACAAGUCGAGUUGUUUCGCUUUUUUCCUGUCAUAAUUUAUUGUAAAACUGAAAGAAAAACACCACCAUCAGUGGAGUAUGAACUUAUAAAUAGCUACAAUAACCAAAAGAUAAUCAGAAAGCUCUUUCAGAAAGUGAAACAAAUUGGAUUGGUGACGUAGAAAAUUAACUCAUUACGUACGUCAUCACGUUUGUACCCAGUCCCGCUCAAAAGUCUCAGACUCGAGUAAAAACAAAGAAUGCUUGUAGAUUAUACAGCUUUAUUAUCGUCGGGGAACAAAACCAAAUAUUGAUAUACCAGAAUAACAUCAGAAAUGAUUUUGCACGCAAGUUUCAAAGCUGAAAAACGACAUUUAUUUAGGGACGUUAUUCCCUGGCGAUGAAGAGAUGUAACACCAAGACAACUAAAGAAUGCCUCUACAUUUAAAAUACAUUUUUUGUACCGAAAUUCACCUUCACGUGCUCCUUCGAAAUUUACAGUCAUUGACGGUAUUUCCUUUCCCUUUUAUAAAUUGAAUUUACAUAUAAUUGGACAUAAUAAUGGCUGUUUGCUUUUAUAAAACGAAAGAUUACAAAUCUUGCAUGCCAACGAGACAGUACAUCUUUGAUCGUAUCUGCUAGACCUUUCCGAACGUGAUCUUGUUAAAAGUGAUCCGUUCAAAAAAUAGUUUGUUGUCCUGUCACGUUUUAGACGCUCUCUCCUCUUUGUUAGAAACACCGCAACUUUAGUAAGACGGAUAUUGGUGCUUACUUCUCGAAACCGCCGAUUAAGAAUCUUCCAUUUGGCUAAAUCCCAAACAAACAGACGAUUACGAGCCUGUAUUGACCUUACUCAGCCAUGACAAAAGACAUGUUGAUUGACGGCCACAGUUUUACGGAGCUGAUUUCAUGCAAGUAGUUAGUUUUCUGUUGGCUACCAAGAGUAACAGAACUGAGCUAGCAGACUGAAUUCUAGAAAUUUGCCGAUUGAUUUGAUUUCCCACAACCAUAUAACCGCAACUGAGUAAGAAAGGUCAGUAAAUUCACUAGUUUUAAAAGUUUUUUCUCUUUUUUUAAGGGUAACAGAAAGGUAUUCUCGGCUUAAAAUGUAAAGAACAGUAGACAUUUCUUGUAUUGCUUACUAUAAAUUUUACGUUUAGUUCGAACAUUAGAAAACUUUUUUGUACUGAAACUUGAAGGCUGGCCAUUUGGCUUUUCCAGCAUGAUUUGCCCGCAGGAGGACAUUGAAUGAUUUUAUUCUCAUUCGUUCACUCUCAUUCUGUUUCAUUAAAUCUCAGCCAGUCGUUCAUUUGGUCCAAUGGAUUUAGAGCUAGGAAUAAGCAAUCUUACAAUCCGGCCCCAAUGCAGUGUGGGUGGUCAGUGCUCUUUCAAAAAUGAAAAUGACGCCUCGGAGUCUCUUUCUCUCUGACAUGCUCUGACUUCAUUCAUUCAUUUUUUCAUGUAUUUAUUUGUUUAUUUAUUUGUGUUUUUGGUCUAGUCAUUAUCCUGGUGGAAGUUGCCUUAGAACUGCUCUUUUGAAAUCUUACAGGAUUUUUUCAGUCGAAUAAGUUUCUAUGCAUGAUUUUCAACUCCAACGAUCUUCCUAAGAGUAAUAUAAGCGAUACGAUAUGCGGUUCAUUUUUCCUUACGCUUUUAAACAUAUCACUAGUUUUUGGAGACGGGAUAUUGAGAAUUAAAAUGUAUAGUUGAAUUACCGUUUACUAAUUAACGGAUAAUAUGAAGUGUUAGUCCUGCAUGAAUGGACGGAACUUGCAGUCUUGUAGCUAAUGCCUUACGGAAAUAACUGCAGGGUGUCAGACUUGUCAGUGGAUUAUAGACCGAACAACUAAAUAUGAUUACUUUUAAAACACUCGUCAGUUAUUCAAUGUAAGUGCAACUGUACUUGAACUGGACAAUAGCUUUGAAUGGGGUAAAACAUGCAUGAAUGAAAAUGCGCAAAUCUGAUAUUGUCUUAGCCGGUAUUCAUGUUCAUUUUUAACUCAUGCAAACAAGCUACUCUGCUCACAGACUUGUUGUAACCGAAAAUCCCGGUUAAGGAACCGGUGAAAUCUGCUUUGCCCACCCCUUUCCGGCUAGCUUGCUGUCCGCAAAAUAUAUAAUCCUACUUCUGGAAUACCGUUAUCACUAUUCCAUUUCUCUUACUCGAAAUUACUAAUCACACAUAAAAUUGUAUAACAAAAAUAGGUGUAAUCAUUAGGAUUAAAGUCCUUGUGUACGAUACGAUUCAGUAAUUUUCAUUACAACAGUCUACUUUUGUUCCCAUUUUGUAGUUAUUGCAACGGAAAACAAUAUUAACUUACAGGAAUAUCAUACCAGUUUGUUGCGGAACGUCUGGCAACGCGUGCAAAAGCCUCCCAUCUGGCGCGAAAUUAAAUCUGGCGCGUGUUCUUCCCAGCACCCCUCUGGUCUAGCUCACGUACACAUUACCUCGGGCACAAGCUUAAAGAGUUGCACGGUUUAUCAGUGAUGCGGAGUAAAACGCUAGAGAUUUACUGCUGACAACGUUGAUUGUGAUUGAUACACAAGACAUCACAUACUAGACGAUUAUAGAUUAUUAGGCUUUUGUCACUGUAUAAUCACGCUGCCUAUGACGCAAAAAGCGCUCCACAUAAAUCGAAACCUUCAAAGGUAUCUCUGAUUUGUAUGCCAAGUGUUCUUGUUACAAGAAGAGUAAAGAUUUCAAGUGUCCUUAAAAAAAAUAACCUUUAAAGGCAGCGGCACCAUUUAUACUUUUAUUCUCUGUCGCAAUUUUAAAGUGUUAAUUGAAUUCGGAUUUCUUUUUGAACACGGUCAAAGAGCCUCUUUCCUCAAACGGGCGGGAAAAUCGUUGAGCUAGAACUGAGUGCCUUUCGAAACAUAUCCUUACGGAUAGCAACCGAUCUACUAACAUAAAAGCUUACUCUUUUAAACAACUAGGGGUCCUUUGGUGCUUUCUUGGGGGUCUCUAAAUACUCAUAAUAUUACCGACACGAAAGCAAAACUUAAGGAAUCUUGCCGAAAUAGCUCAUUGACACGAUGGUAAAGAUAUCCUUAGUUAAGGUCUUUAUUAUCGAUGAUUGGCUCUUAGAAGAAUCGAGCGCCACCACUUUUCAAGUGGCGGUAUUUAUAGAUAUAUCAGUACAUUACUUUGGGGUACACAAAAGGUCAAGUUUUUGAUAAGACAGCAAUGUCAUAGUUAAAUGCCUUCACCGAGUUUGCACGCAACUCAAAAAUUCAUCAUUGGGUGACUUUGAGAAACCAAACUUUGGAUGUUCGGUCUGAGAGCAAUUCAGGUCGAAGGAGAAACCUUAAAGGGUCGUCUUUCAAACGUUUAAUUGCUGUGCUGAAAUUUCGAUGAAGUCAGUCAAGUGCAAUUGAGGCACGCAAUUGCAAUGUUUAGACCAAUCCAGAACUUGGCAGACAACAAGAAUUUGUUUUUAAAAAUCGUGACCUUUAUCUUGAGUGCAAGGAAGCAAGGCGGAAAGGAAAAGAAAGAAUGUUCUUCUUUGAGCUUCAAUCGCCGUCUACUUGCAUGUUUUAUUGUUGUGAUAAAAUCGUCAAGCUGUUUAACCCUUGUGGAUCCUUACGAUGAUGGAAUUUUUAUUAAUUUGUUUAACUAAGUUGCCUAGUGGAUGAGUUUUUCCGUUGCGUCCAGGAAUUUAUAAUGUUGAUAUUUUAAUCAGUUUAGCAUAACUUCUGUAUAGAACGGAUUACAUGGCCGGUGUGAAUUCCACGAUAUUUCUCGUUUUUCAAGGAUACUAGAAGAAAUAUUUUUCUACAUUUCUUUUGGUCUUACCCGUGUAAAAUAUCAAAAACUUUCUGCUUCCUUCCACCUGUAAACUUGGGAAAGUUGAUCCUAAAAACAUUCUUGUUUAAAUAUGUAACAUAAGCAAAUCAUGUUUAAUUCUGUUUCAUUUUAAAAUAAAACCUGCCAAAGGCCUCGAAAGGUCACAACAAAUAAAUGAAUCCGUUAAACGAUUUUAGCAAUUUUAAAUAAUGUUACAUGUCACGAAACAAAGUUUAAUACGGAAAAAGGUGCGUAGCCUUGAGGGUACUUUUUUGAAGCGAAAGCCCCGUUUUAAAAGUCACAUUUUCACCUGAUGUCCCGAAUUCAAUGCUAAUGAGGAAAGUCAAUUUUUCUCGCUCAUUUGCAGUAGAUUCGGCACGUUUGAACCGAGCCUAACUUUUUAAAAAUCAUUUGACAAUGAUUUUAUUUUUGUGAAAGAGUUUUCUUCUCUGUUCAAAGCACUUUUCCAUUCUAUUUUUACGGUAACAACUUAAUUAAACAAGAAUUUCUUGAGUUUAUUUAAGAAGACAAUAAUAACAACUUUGUAAACGACUAUUUACUGUCAUAUUAAUGAUACUCAUUUUGUAAUAGUAGAGCAUUUAGAACAUUUGUACUCUUACGAGCACCGCUAUCUAUAAAAUUUCUUUUUUCCUCCAUUGGACGGUUUGUUCAUGAAAUCUUCUAAACCGGUUUGUACUUUGUCCUAUGACAAUUCAUCGUAGUUGAGCAAUAUUUAGGAUUUAAAAUAUUUCGUAAGACUUUUGGGACCAAUUAUCUGCAUACCGUAUCCUUGGCUUGUAAACAAGCUUUCUUUUAUUCGUGCAAGGCUGUAUAUAAUAAUUGCACCGAACAGGAAGGUUCCAUUACCAGCGGUUUCGGCCUUUUUCAACGAUGAUUGAAGUGUAAAUACAAACAAGAGCUUAUCGUUGUUUCUCAGUACCGUGGAGUCCGUGGGUGGCCUUCUGCAAGAACCUGGCUCAUAGUAAAAACGCCUUUAGGUGAUAAAAUAACAAUCUACUGAGAUAACAAUGCUAAAUGUGUCACCAAACGAUUGCGUAAUAGCGUUAGAUAACUUUCGCUUUUAUGCCACUCUUUUGGUGCCUUGUUUAGUUGUUAGCUGUGGUGUGGUAGUGUUCUGACUCAUGCUAAGUUUUUUGUUCCGUUUAUUUGCCUGGGAUGAUUGCUUUUGAAUUCGUUUAGAUAACCUGAGUGACCUUCUUUGCUGCCAUUUUAAUAAAUGAACAUGGCUUUUCCAGUCAAUCUUUCGACCUAUGUCACUGUCAGUCAUUUGAACGGCUUUCGCGGGAAGAAGCCUUGGGUGGCAGUUUCCGACGUCUGAAUCAGCGGAAAAAAUUCCACGGUAUAUAAAAAUCUUGAGAUCCCGGGCUUGAGAUGAAAAUUGGACUGAAUAAAUGAUGGUCAAAGCUCACAGUCUUUCAAAAGUAAUAUUCGGGGACAAUUUAAAUUAAAUCCCCUUUACACCCAUUGUUCUGUUCUAAAUCCGCUUGUAAUUGCCGAGAAAAGUAUUUCAUCUCAACAUUAAAUCCAUCAAGACCUUAGAAAUAUAGGUCAUUUCAUCUAAUAUAUAUUUAUGCAAUCUCUCAGAGCAGAGCAAUCCAACAGAUCUGUUGUUUGAAAAGCUCCCAGAGUUGGUUUAUCUAUCAAGCGGCGUGACUUUGUUUCCGGUCGACUGCAGAGAGAAAAUAGACUAUUCUUUUGACAGUCAUGUUUUAAUCCUUGAUCUCAAUGGCUAAACUCAAACCUGCGGACUUGACAGCUGCACAUUAAAUACUUUCGUAUUAAAAAUUAUUUUGAUUGAAAAGUUUAAAAAGAAUUAGCUAUUAACGGUCGUAGCUUUCGUGAAAACGUUGAGAAGUGUUUAAAGAGUGAUAUUUGUUAUGAGAGGGUUCAUUACUAUAAAAGCUCUGUUUUAUGAUAAAAUGACCUCUAAAAUGUUACUGGGUGUCUUCAACCUGUCGAUAGGAAAAAAUUCCUUAAAGUGCUUCGCUUUUGUUUAUAUUCGGGACCCUGGGGACUUUAAGCCGCUAAAAACACAAACAAGACCUUCAUAUUAGCCGAAGAGUUCGAACACCGUAGCCCAGCUGAAAUAUGCAGUCCAGGUUAAACCUGUUUACAAUACAGCAGCAAAUCAGGUUAACCCACAGAACGCGGAACAAAUGUUUUCCGAGAACGUCUUUUUGGAGAGAAGGAUUUCACGCUUGCAGUGCUCUGUGAGUGAAGUACUCACGUUUGGAAUGACGUUGUUAUGGUAACGCUAAUUAGCUACGCUUUCUGAUUGGCCAAAGGUUUUUGUUAAAAUAUUCCUGAAAAUUACGCAGGAGAAUUGAAAUUUGCUUUGCUUGUACGCCCCGUUCCUUUUCUCAGCCGCAGAAAUUCGGGCUAGUUGCCGUCGGAAGACCUCUAGAGGAAACUCCAGGCACUUGAACUGCAGCAGUGCAGUCCCCGGAAUUUCAGAAGGUAAAAGUGACAGAGAGUGCUUUUGAUUGUGUCCUUGAAGCUUCAGGCUUUGCACCGGCGAGUUUUCAUUCAUUCAGCAAUGUCAGCAGAGAUUUAACUGCGCACCGAUUUAAAUGACCCUCUCGGGAGCAACGACAAAAUUCGACUUCCACCCUUCAAACUACUAAACGAGUAAACUUUUGACGAUUUUUAACAGUUUGAUAUCGAUGCAAUACUAAGUUUUAAGACUUCCUUCAAAAGAUAACAUUAGAAUCCUUUCAUAUCGAUUGUAUAACAAUUUGUAGUGUUUAGAGUGUGAUCUUAUUUCCGUUUCUCGUAGAAUGGCUGUUCAAGUCGAAUCCUUGUGCAAACCGUUUGCGCUGGAAAACGACCCGGACGCGACUUACUUCUUUCAUUUGGAAAAAGACGAAGUUGCUAGUGAUGGCUACAGCUCUCCAGUUCCAUCCCACGACAUUUGGAAAAAGUUUGAGCUGCUACCGACACCUCCCCGCUCUCCAUCACGAUCACCGCGGCACUCGCCAAUUGACAUCGUUUCAUUUGGUGGAGAUUACGGCUCUGUAGCGGACACCUUGCAAAUUGUCUCGGACAUUUUGGAUUUAGACGGGGACAGCUGUUCAGCUACACCUCUAGCUACUGUUGAAAUUUCUCUGACCAGUCUGAAGUCCAAACUCAUUCAGGACUGUAUGUGGAACGGUUCAAACUACGAAAGUUCGUUACCGGAUUUUAAAAGUCUUGGUGCCGGUAUGAACGCCGAGGACCUGUACGAGACUCCUUGUUCGACUCCUCCGCCAGUUGAAUACGUUAGCUCUGAUUGUGUGGAUCCUUCCACAGUUUUUCCCUAUCCUAUUAACGAAUCACAUCAUAACUUGUGCGGAUCUCAUACAUCUAGCGAUUCAGGUAAGAUUUGCAAUUAAACUCAUCCAACGGCCAUACUUCUAUUUCCUGUUCAAUUGCAACUCAAAGCUUUAAUAAAUUUUCUCAUAAUAGUGGUUUCCUGUGUUCGCUUUUCGUUGAUCGUUUAUUUUUGGGGAUAAACUUGUAAUUUAGUUGGUUUCUUUUUAUUUACUGUUUGAUAGAAGAAGAAAUAGACGUAGUGACCAUUGAGAAACCAAAGCGAAAGCGUCUACCGCAAGUCACUGACGAACCACCGGCAAAACGCCUAAAACCAGUGGCUGUGAAACCGAAAGCGGCCAUGUCUUUUCCUAGUCCUACAAAAGAGAGUAAAAAAGACAAUAUAAAGCGACAAAGUAGCUGCACAUCAGACGAAGAAAGCGAAACUAGCAAGAGAGCAACUCACAAUGUACUUGAGCGGAAACGAAGGAAUGACCUCAAGACAAGCUUUCACGUUCUCCGAGAAGAAGUACCCGACCUCAAAGAAAAUGAAAGAGCUCCUAAAGUAACUAUCUUGCGUAAGGCAAAGGAUUACGUCGAUAAACUGAAAAAGGAUGAAGUAAGACUUCUUGCAGAACUUGAAAAACUACGGCACAGAAACGAAGAACUUUUAGAGCGAUUUUAUUCACUAGGACAAAAGCGAAAAUAACUUUUUUGUUUGCUCUAAUCUACGUGUAUUAACUCGUCUUUUACUCAAAAGAACUAAGAUGAAGAUUGUAUAUAUAUAAAUAUAAAGCCUAAAAGAAUAUGUAUUUUGUAAAGAAAGCGUAGGAUCCUAGAAUAUUUGGUCCAAUAUUUGUCUCGAUUUAGUUGUGCGACUGUAGCAAGCGCUUCCGCUCUGUAAACCAAAUUUCAUUCAAAGUGAAGAUGAUAAAUUUUUGCGUUGUCUCAACGCUAAGCAGUUUGUGAUUGGAAAAUAAUGAAAAAAAAAAGUAUGAGCUUUCCUUGUCGAAAUUGGCGCUUUUCUUUAUAGGACGAUAAGUUUUACUUUGAUCUGAUCUUUUUUUUGACUGCCAAAGUUCGAAUGAAUGGAUAUAAUUUGCAUAUAUUGCGUCAAAGCGCGGGAAAGACUCGUAUAGAUUUCCAUAAAUUAACGUCUAUGAUUAGAGCUGUAGGUUUUGUUUCGAGUCCUUGGGGACUGUAGUUUUGCUUGAUUUUUUCAGAUAAAAGGAAUGUUACAUAUGUUAUGCGUGAAGUUUUCGAACAGAAUUCUGGAUACCCGUUUUUACUGUGUAAAACCAUGGUUGGCCGCUUUCGGCUUUUGGUGCAAAUGAAUUUGGAUUGAAAGUUCAGUAAUUUGAUCCGUUAGGUUAGUGUAAGUUUAAAUCCAAGAUUAGCGUAUUGUUUGUAUUUAGUAGAAAACCCUUUGCGAUGAAUGUUUCUCGCCAAUUAGCCUCUGAUUAAUGUUUGAGGUGUGAUGUUAUUGCGAAAGUAUGUAGAAUGUUAACAUUCAGGAGUCGAAUUCUCGUGUUUCUCGGCCGUUCCCGGGAAAAUAAGUAUGUAAACACUGCUUUGCUUUGCAAGCAAACAGAUAUUAAAGAUCACAAGUUCAGGAUUGUCCAAACUUGCUUUGUAAACUGAGAGAAAUUCCACAAACGCCACUUUGUUCAGAAUGAAUGAACUAGGUUGCUUGGUGCAUUGUGCGGUA